AUGCCUGAAAUUAUUGAAACGGAUACUUCAUUUGAAGAUAUUGAUGCCAACCGAGAUGGAAAAAUCGAUAAAACUGAAUUUCAAAAUUGGAUUGCAAAUAAUGCAGAAAAAUCUUCGUCGACAUAUGAAACAUUGACGAGUGGCGUAUAUCUUCACAAUAGUGAUGAUCGUCGAUCCGAUCAUCGUAAAUAUGAAGUAUCGGAAAGUACUGUUUAUAGUACUGAUUACGAUAUUAAACGAUUGGGUCGUAAUCGAUAUACUACACGUGAAACUGUAACAGUGGCAGGUGGUUUAAUGAACGAAGCAACGAUUGAAACACACAGUUUGGAAGAAACAAACAGUUACCUUGAAAGAGCAGUUGACGUCUAUAAGGAUCCUAAUCCAUUAGUUAUUCGAAAAACAUUAGUCGAUCGACCGGUGACAUAUGAACAACGAGUUCUUGUUCGAUAUCUUCGUCCACCAAGUGUUCGACCACCAGGACCACUUAUCAUUAAAGAAGUCCAGGCACCACAACCGGCACCACUUCCACCGCUUGUUGUUCGACAACACAUGCAAGCUGCUGCUGCACCACCUCCACUUAUCUUACGCGAGCGACCACCAACACCACCACCAGUUAUUCCUAGUGAAACAAUUAUUCGUCAAGUACCUGCUCCGCCUCCUCCACCGAGAUCAGUUAUUAUUGAACGUUUUCCACCUGCACCGGAGAGACCACGUGAUAUCAUCAUUGAACGAUGGCUUCCAUAUGGACCUCAACCUGAACGUCGUACAAUUGUUGAAAGAGUUCAAAACACUCUUACAUAUCCAGAGCCGCGUAAUAAAAUUAUUGUCUAUGAAGGUGUUGAAGCGCGCGUUGUUCGACAAUUCGAAAAAGAUGGCGUAAUCAGAGAAGAUCCGGCGCAUUAUGUAGCCCGCUAUGGAGGAACACUUUUAGAUUCAUCAACACUUGUUCAAAUGGCUCGUAAUGCUGGUGUUUUUGAAGAUCUGUCACUCCCGGCAUUAACAUAUUCAAAUACACGCGAAGGUGCUAUCAAUUAUGAAUUUUCAAGUGGAAACAGAUACGUGGAAGAUAAGCGAUACAUAAGCAGCAGCAGCAGCUCUACUCGAAGACGUGGAUUAUUUAGUUUCGCUCAAUAUGGUCUGCUUCCAGGUGAUUAUGUUUCUGGUAUGAAACUUGAUCGUGCAUUCGUAAGACCAACAAACUUCGUGUUUCCUGCAUCAUCCCAAUGGUCGGCUCGAACUGCUAAAUAUACGACGCAACUAACGGAUGGUUAUGCGACAAGUGUUACUGUUGAAUUGAUCGAAGAUGGCCUUGUUCUUCAUUCUCGUACAAUCACCGAGCAAGAAUACAAUAAUGUCAGUGUUUCUUCAUCAGUUCCAAAAUUGCCAUGGAAUGAUUUCUUACAAGUUUUACGAGUAUUUAUGCUCGGAAACAAUCAGGAACGGGAAUCUGACAUUUCACGUGCCUUCGAUAUUCUCGAUCAAGGUAGAAGAGGUCUGUAUAAUCGAACAAUCAAUCUAUCCGACGGUCUCAUCUCGCCCGAUGAAUUACGAGCAUUCUUAUCAAUUCUUACCGAUGAAUAUCGUGUUGAUCUUUGUAUUUUUCUGGCUGACACAGAUGGGUCUGGAAAGAUUAAUUUCUCAGAAUUCGCGCGAAUGGUCAAGUCGGGAUUGGCGAGAGAUGUCAUCUGCGAAUGCGCUUAA